AUGCUAGUAAGAGGAACCUUCGUUCACUGCCUGAGUUCUUCUGGUUUGGAGAUCCUGCAUGAUUAUCUGCUAGCUGUCAAUGAUCUUGGUUUUAUCACUCAUUUCGACGCCGCCGCCUCUUCCCAGUCGACACAGCUUCUCGUCAACACAGACGAACUGCCUUUGCAGCUACCAGAAGGUAGUUUUCUUCUACCAACGUUUUGCGACCUCCAUCUACAUGCGCCCCAGUUCCUUUAUCAAGGAAAUGGACUCCAUUUGCCUCUGAUGGAAUGGCUGAAUGAAUACGCGUUCAAGGCCGAGGAACGCCUUGACGCAGACUCUGCACUGGCCCGAAGUGCGUAUACCCGACUCGCUGAGCGAUUAGUAGAGAAUGGUACUGGAGCCGUUUUGCUCUUCGGAACCAUCAAGGAGGAAACCAAUCUCAUUCUCGCCGACGUUAUGAACAGGGCGGGAAUUCGUGCUUUUGUGGGUAAACUUUCGAUGGACCAAUCCUCUCGCCUAUCAUAUAUCGAAGCAUCUGCCGAAAUUUCCCUUGAUGCUGCACGAUCCUUCGUUGGCAAGAUAAAGUCCACAUAUACUUCGUCCCGUUUGAUAGAACCAGUAAUAACACCAAGAUUUGUUCCUACAUGCUCGGACGCCCUGCUUAAAGGCCUAGGUGAUUUGGUGGCAUCCCAAGACCUUCGAAUUCAGAGUCAUCUCGCGGAGUCUCACGAUCAGGUCGAAGCGGUGCGAUCAGAACGAGGGGAAGAGGACCUUUUCGUCUUUCAUCGCAACAAUCUUCUGACUCCUCGGACAAUACAAGCCCACUGCACGUUUCUUGACGUCCCUUCGCUUUCGCAGCUUCGCGAGUGCGGUACAGCCGUAGCGCACUGUCCUUUAUCCAAUGCGUAUUUCUCCGCGGAGCCCUUUCGCCUUCGGGAAGCCCUUGAUCAAGGACUGAAGAUAGGGUUGGGCACCGAUGUGGCAGGGGGAUACAGUCUUGAUAUCAUGAACGCCAUGAGGCAAGCUGUUGUCACUUCCAGAAUGCGCCAAGGUUUGAAUAUCAUGAACUCUGGAUCCGAACCCUCCUUGGCUGUAGACUGGAUCGAGUCCCUUUUUCUUGCUACUCGCGGAGGUGCGAUAUCCCUCGGUCUCCCUACUGGCUGCGGAUCGUUUCAGGUGGGCGCACCUUUCGAUGCCCAACAAAUCUCGCUUUGGGAUGCACCGACUCGUGUUGGGACGGGCGCCCUCGAUUUCUUUGACUAUCCUGUGAAGAUCACCCCCGAGGUGAUGGAGAAAUGGUGGUGUUUGGGCGACAAUCGUAAUCGCACAAGUAUGUGGGUUCAAGGCAUCAAGUUGUAA